UCUCCGGCGGCUCGCUUUCCUUUCGCCCUUCCGCGGCCGUGGAAGAGCGCCGUGGAGGAGCCGGGGGGCCCAAGCGUGCGUGAGCGCCCGGUGGCAGGCUUGUCCGGGUGUCGCAAGGCGGCGGUUAGAACCGACGGUAAGCGAGCGUGGAAGUCGGGCAGAUGAAAGAGAAGGCGCCGGACCUGAGAAGGUUUACCUGACGUUUGCGGCGUGACGAUUAAAGGAACUGUCAAGCUCCAGAAGGAAUUAUAUCUGACUGGCAAUUGGCAGACUUUGCUUGUCAGAAGUUGGCCGAGGAGGCUGCAAAGGGUGAUCACAUGACUCCAGAAUGCUGCACUUGUUAUAAAUACAUGCCGGUUGCCAAGCCCCUGAAUUUUGAUCACCGCAAAUGCUGCAAUGGUUGAUGAAGACGGUUGUGAAGAUGGCAUGCCUGAGGAGUUUUAAAAGAUGCAGACCGCCUGAUUGAAAAUGAUACUUCUAUGCUUUAUCCCAUUCAGUUAGGAAAUUGCUACUGCGUCAUAAGCAAAUCAUGAUUACAUUAACUGAACUCAGAUGCUUAGCAGAUGCCCAGGCAUCAUUUCACAUCUUGAAACCAUGGUGGGAUGUUUUCUGCUACUAUCUUACCAUGAUAAUGCUGCUUGUUGCUGUCCUUGCUGGAGCUCUUCAGCUCACUCAGACUAGAUUGUUAUGUUGUCUUCCUUGCAAGCUUGAAUUUGACAAUCAUUGCGCAGUGCCUUGGCAUCCGAUUACAAGCAACAACAAUGAAUCCUUCACCUCUGCAACACCAGAAAUUCAUCCUCUUCAAAUCCAGAAUUACCUUCACAGGCAGCAGUAUUCUUACAUUGAUGCAGUGUGUUACGAGAGAGAACUUCAUUGGUUUGCCAAAUUUUUUCCGUACUUAGUGCUUCUCCACACUUUCAUUUUUGCAGCUUGCAGUAAUUUCUGGCUUUACUACCCCAGCACAAGUUCAAGGCUAGAGCAUUUUGUAGCCAUACUUCACAAAUGUUUCGAUUCUCCUUGGACCACACGUGCCCUAUCAGAAACAGUUGCUGAGCAAUCUGUGAGGACUGUGCCAUGCUCCAAAUCGAAAACAUUUCUUCCUUCCCCAAGCAACAUGACAGAGCUGGAGAGCAAGAGGCAAUCAAUGUCCUACUCACAGACUGGACUAGAAACAGCUGGAAGAGAGAGCACUUCAAAUGUUCUUGACCGAAGAGAAGGGGAACAAGCGAAGUCAAUAUUUGAGAAAGUGAAACGAUUCAGGGUACAUGUUGAGCAAAAAGAUGUCAUUUAUAGAGUGUAUCUAAAACAGAUUGUGAUCAAGGUCAUUGUGUUCAUUUUAAUAAUGAUUUAUGUUCCGUAUUAUUUAACCUUUAUUAACCUAGAAAUCGAUUGUAUAGUUGAUAUUCGAACUUUUACUGGCUACAAGCGAUACCAAUGUGUUUAUUCACUGGCCGAAAUUUUUAAAGUGCUUGCUUCAUUUUAUGUUGUCCUGGUGAUUUUAUAUGGCCUGACAUGCACUUACAGUUUGUUAUGGAUGCUGAGAAGUUCACUUAAACAAUAUUCUUUUGAGAAGCUGAGGGAGCAGAGUAAUUACAGCGAUAUCCCUGAUGUAAAAAAUGACUUUGCCUUUAUUCUUCACCUAGCAGACCAGUAUGACCCUCUAUAUUCAAAGCGAUUUUCAAUAUUUCUCUCUGAGGUGAGUGAAAAUAAGCUGAAGCAAAUUAGUCUCAAUAAUGAAUGGUCUUUAGAGAGGCUGAAGAGCAAGCUGGUGCGAAACCCUCAAGACAAAAUGGAACUUCAUCUUUUUAUGCUUAGUGGCCUUCCAGAUGACGUCUUUGAACUCACAGAGAUAGAAGUUCUAACACUGGAGCUCAUUCCUGAGGUUAAACUUCCACCGUCUCUCAGUCAGCUAUCCAGUCUUAAAGAACUAAACAUUUAUCAUUCAACAUUAACUGUAGAGUAUCCGGCACUGCACUUCCUCGAAGAUAAUUUAAAAAUUCUGCGUCUAAAAUCUGUUGAUAUGGGAAAGAUUCCACGCUGGGUAUUCUAUCUAAAGAACUUACAGGAAUUGUAUUUGACUGGAUGUUACGUUCCAGAACCCCAGAAUGGCUUCUACAGUGAGGGUUUUCAAGACCUUGUAAAUCUGAAAGCAAUUCAUUUAAAGAACAGCCUUUCCCGCAUACCUCAGGUGGUUACGGACCAAUUGCCUUCACUGCAGAAAUUAUCUAUUGACAACGAGGGGAAAAAACUGUUAGUGUUGACCAACUUGAAGAAACUGCUAAACCUGAGAAUCUUGGAACUGAUCAGCUGCGAUUUGGAGCGCAUCCCUCAUUCUAUUUUCAGCUUAAACUAUUUGCGUGAAAUAGAUUUGAAAGAAAAUAAUCUACGAACGGUAGAAGAAAUUAUUAGCUUUCAGCACCUUGAAAAUCUUUCUUGCCUGAAGUUGUGGCACAACAAAAUAUCUUAUAUCCCUGUGCAGAUUGGUACCUUGGCAAACUUGGAACAGCUCUACUUAAAUCACAACAACAUUAAAAAAAUCCCACCACAACUUUUUCUUUGCAAAAAGCUACAUCAUCUGGAUCUGAGUUUCAAUAAGCUAACCUCUAUUCCUGAUGAAAUCCAAUAUUUAACAAAUUUGCAGUACUUUGCUGUGACAAAGAAUCAUAUUGAAGCACUUCCUGACGAAUUAUUCCAGUGCAAAAAACUACAGCACCUUCUUCUGGGACAUAACAGCCUAAUGUACUUGUCCCCUCGAGUUGCAGAGCUUUCCAACCUUGUUCAUCUGGAGCUCAAAGGAAACUAUCUGGAGUUACUUCCUGCUGAGCUAGAGGAAUGCAAUUCUCUGAAACGGAGUUGUCUAAUUGUAGAAGAAUGCGUGUUGAAAACACUUCCCCUUCGAGUAACAGAGCAUAUACAGAUAUGCUUGGACAAAGUUUGAGAUUGAGAAAAGUUAUGUGCAUGUGGGCAAAAUCACGGUUCAAAGAAACUUAUAGACGAAAGAAGAGAAAUACAGGUCUGCCCAUUGACUUCAGUUUCCUGAUAAUAAAUCAUCAUUAAAAUCCUAAGCAGAAAUAUAGACCUGGCAAGUAACUACAUGCAUUUCAUUCAAACCUGAAAUUAAUGUGCAGAAAAUUAAGUGGUUGGUGUAAUCAGUACUUAAGUGGCCAAGUUUGAAUAACAUCAUUCAGGUCUAGAAAAGUUUUUUUUUUCUUUUCCUUAAAUGGAAGUUUUUAAAUUGUUGUAAGGACCAACUAAUACAUUUUUUUCAUAUCUUUUACUGUUGGCACAUAUAUAGAGGGAAGGAGAGACUAUUAGUGAAAGCUUCCCUAUAUAAAAUCUGUUUCAGAACUGAAGGUUCACUUUUGGUUUUGAAAUAUAGGAGUGCUUCCCAACAUAGGCAUAAUGAAAGGCCUGACAAUUGGGAUGCUAUGAACUAUGUCCAGAUUAUGGUAACCAAAGUUCAGGCAAUCCAGAGUCUCAAUAAUCUUUGCUGCUUUAACACUGGAGUUAAUUAUGUAUACCUAAAGGAAAACAACUGGACCUGAUACAAAAGGUAAAAUCAAAUCUUAGAGAACUAUGCAAGUGGUAAAACUCAACAUGUCACUUUUUUUUUUUACUAUACUAAUAUAAUGCUUUCAUUAAAAGGAAAAAGGCUAGCGCUUUAAUUUUGAGCAACAGUAGAUAUGUAAUAUGCAAUAUAGAGGGUCUCCUUUCUUUUAAAAACCUGGCGAUUUUUUUUUCUCCCCAAUUUUCUUGCCCAUCAUACUAAAGAUUUUAAAGAUGUCCCUCUACAGUUACAAGUAAUUGUAGAAAUAGCAUUUUAAGCACUUAAGAAUAUAGAGUGUAUGAAAAGCAAAAUAUUUAAUGAAAAGCACAUGAAUGCACAAAACUUAUAUAUUUCUCUCUUGUUCACAAAUGUCCUUUGAAAAACUAACAUAAGGAGGAACUUUCCUAUAGCUUCAUACUUUAUUUUCACUAAAACAGGAGUAAGAUUAUUUACACCUGUAAAGCUGACUCCUAACUAAUAUUUUCUAACAGAGUUCUACUUUAAAGAACCAGGAGAAUUUCUGUGAUAGUAUAUUGAGUAGCAAAGGAAGACAAGAGGAAAAAUGAUGAAAACUGAUCCCUUUAACACAGUGUUUUUCCUCUUUAGCAAAUUGAAGGUGAGUGGACUUCAAUUCCCAGAAUUUUCAGCAAUGGCUACGCUGGCUAUGCAAUUCUGAGAGUUGAAGUCCAUGUGCCUGGAAAUUGCAAAGGUUGGGAAACUCUGGUUUAACAGAAACCUCUGUUAGGCUGAAGUGUUUUUCUCUGAAUGGAAGAGCAAUUUCUGUCCACAGCAGGAAACUUGGGAUUCAGUCCGUGAUUAUUUUGAUGCAUUUCAGUCUCAUUUGGGCACAUCAUCUUUAUCGUGGCUGUGGUGCUCUAUGUGUGGGGACUUGGUGGGGGGAGGGAUUUUGGCUUCUGUUGUAAAAAAUACAGUAACUUGAUCGCAUGCUCUCAGAGAAAAUGAAUCUUUUACUUAUGUAUGAUAUAGUUUUAUAAUCCACUAUCUUCAUCAUGUGCCCAAUUUUGUGGUUGCGUUGAAUGAGAUACUGGAAAUGUUGGGGUUUUUUAAAUAUAAAUUUUUGAUUGCUUCUUUAAAUGCAGCAAACUUGUUUUAAUGAUGCCAUAAAUUUGAGUUGUUUAUGAAGUGAAACUUUCUCAAUGUUCAUGUUAUGUCCAUCUGAAGAAUUACAUUCCAAAGAACUUUCAGAGUAACUCUCAGGGAACACACACGUGUUGUUGUUUCAUGGGUUUGAUGCAACUCACAUUUCCCCGGCUUUUUUAGUUAAAGGUACAAUUUAUUAUACAGGUAUCUUUUUUCCAGUAAUUUUGUUAAGGACACUAAAAGAUGAUACGAUGUUAAAAAAGUAAAGAAAGGAAAAAGUGCAAGAAAAUGAAAAAAAGCAAGAAGCAUCCCCCUUUUUAACAAAGCCUCUUUCUACCCUCAUCACAAGCAUAUAAACAGUUUCAUAAACACCUCUUCUUCUCUUAAAUUAACAAAACUCUUCAUCCCAUAGCCCAGCUUAGUAAUAGACAAAUCAAAUAAGUAAUGUCUAUUUAACCAACUUAUCAGCGAAAGGUCCAAAAAGAACUAUAAACUAGUCACAUUAAUUAACAUAUAUAAAACUCAACGUUUCACAUCUCAACCAUUAGUUGUAAGGAAAACCAUACAUAAAAGCAUAAAAAGGUCAAAUUCCAAUACAAUAUACAUUUCUCCCAUUCAAAAUGCCAGCAAUUCCAGAGAAAACUACCCCAAAUAGCAACAUCAUUAUAUGCAUAUAUAGAUGCUAACUAUCCUAUACCACUUUGGAACAAAUCAUAUCAAUCUUUUGGGAGCUAACAAUAGACCUUAUGCUCAGUGGUGGGUUGCUACUGGUUCACUCCAGUUCGGGUAAACAGGUAGCAGCGGCGGUGGGAGGCUCCACCCACCCACCCGGACAUCAGCAAAUAUGAUCUUCGCAUGCGCAGAAGCUUCUGCGCAUGUGCAGAUGGGGCGCGGGCGUGAACCGGUAGCAAAGGUAAGUGAAAUCCACCCCUGCUUCUGUUACCUUCCACCAGUCACAAGGUAGAAUAGUUCAUCUCCCAUUUCUUGUCCCAGAGAGCAUAGGCAACAAACGCUUUCAAUGCCACCUGGCCCAAAGACCAGCAAUACAACUUUCCCUCCAUUCAUCUCUUCCUGAAGCUAGUAGUCUCUUCCUGAGACUAUUUGAAGCCUGAAAAUAUAACUGAUUCACCCAAAUAGGUAGUAAAAAAAUGCUUUUAAAAAGUAAAUAAAAAAGAUUCCGAUGAUCGCACACCUCAUCUGCUCACCCCCUCCCACGCGCGCUGUUCUACUUACCUUCCCAUGUCUCCUUUUGGUGUGCACUGUGUGCGCGCACACCUUGCAUUUGGUACGUGGUGCGCACUGCACAUGCGCCUACACAACACACAUUUGGUACACAGAGCGCAUGUGCAGCCACCGCAAUUCAGAUUUCACCACUGACUGCAAGUUGUACUAAUAUAUAUACUAAUAAACAGAGCAAAGGGAAUGACCUGCUGCCCUGUGGAAUGACCAGAAAGAGAGGAUAAAACCCAGAGCUGUAUAACAGGUAGAGAAAGAGGCUCAGAAGGGACCCUCCCCAGUUUUCAGGCGCUAAAAGAAAAUUGUGAGAGAGUUGUACUUUCAGACUCACAACAUUCUGUUAAUGUAGCCUUACAAUAAAAUUGAAGUAGCUCAUCUGGUCUGUUUUGCAUCUGGUACACCUGGGAGGGCUGACAUGUUGAGUGGAACUAUCUUCCUGAGUAUGAUAAAAUAACAAAAUGAUCCAAGAAAUUCUUGAGAUGGUCUGUUAUUAAGACUAUCAGUUAUCCAUAGGUAUCUUUCAGGAGACUUCUACUAGAGCUAAUACUUAGAAGCCUUCAUUCAUUCCCUGUUCAAACCCUUGCAUGGGUUGUCCUCAGAAAACCAAAUUUGGAAAGGAAUGGAAUUGGAAAUACUCAUAAUAAUACAGCCAGGCGGAAUUCUGAAAUAGAUGCUAGAUGAACCAUCAAAAUCUACCUAAAUAAAACAGGACUUCACAACCUCAAACAACAUCGUGGUUGACUUUCAACAUUGAUAUUUCAGCCGCAAAAGCCUUCCUAAUCUGAUUUCCUAUUGAAUCGAGGCAUACAACAAACUAGUCUGUGAGAUUCAAGAUAAGGCUGUCUCAUGGGGAUGGCACACUCCAUAAGCACAGCUAACUCAGCCAUCCUUGAUACUAGUGACUCCCUGGCACAUAAGGAUAGAGAAGGAAGCAUCUUUCAGCAGGAAACUACCCCACAAAUAAUAAUAUCCAGCAAGAACUAGGGGCCCUCCAGCUACUCAGAUCCUGUAACUUUGGUAUAUGCCACUUUACAUUACCCUAAAUCAGGGAUCUGCAAACUUGGCUCUUUUAAGACUUGUGGACUUCAACUCCCAGAGAUUCUGGGAGUUGAAGUCCACAAGUCUGGGAGUUGAAGUCCACAAGUCUUAAAAGAGCCAAGUUUGCAGACCCCUGACCUAGGUCUACUAUAGGAAAAUACAUUGGAUUUGUCAUGAAGGUCCUUCUUUUAUUGUAUAGAUUGAGCAUCCAGCCCACUCACGCACUUACAAAAUCUGGAAGGAGUUUUAAUAUCUCUCCUGUAUUCCUGACAUUUCAAGCUUUGUUACAUUGAGCCAUAUUUCUGGCUUGUAACUCCAGAACUGGAGAAAAGAAUUGUCUCCUUCCAUAAGAAGGAAUUUCAGGCAGCCUUUGAGCCCUACCACUAGUACAAGUAUGAGGAAAAAUACUGUACUCACUUUAACCCACACUAUCUCUGCUGUAGAAAAUGGACCAUCAUGCACCAUUCCAUGUACCAUUAAAAAAAGGUUUUGCUUGUUUGAUUUAAGAAGAGUAUCUUAGUAUUGAAAGAUGAUGAAUUGUAUCUUGUGAACGUUUUCUAAGGUUAUCAUGAAUCUGAUGUUCCCUGUUUGAAAUAAGCCUGUCUUUUUACAUUAUGUUUCACCAAAAAUAGCUUUGAACAUUCUCUCCAUCCAGCUAUUAUCUUCUAAAGAAGCUUUAUCCCAUCUUGAUGCCUUCCAAAUGUUCUGGAUUUCCAUCUCCUGCCAACUACCAUUAGCUGACAAGAUAAAGAUUUUGAGAUCCAACACAUUGGGAAGACAAUGAAUUAAGAGAAGAGUGAAAUCGUGUUUUGAAAUAAAUAGAAGGAACAAAUGUAAAGAGUUCCUUUUGCAUUCAUAAAGAAAUUGCGGUAGAUAAGAAAAUUUUUGAAAAUAGCAUUUCCUGACUUGGCGCUCACCUCAUGUAUUUGACUACAAAUCACCAACACUCUUAAUUGGUACAUGCUGAACGAUGGGAGUUGUAUGAUCACAUUUAAAAAUUACAAGCUUUCGGGAUAAAAUAGAAAUUAAUAAUACUUCUGAAAAUAAGACAUUUUUUAAAAAGCUAUAGACAAGAUAUCUAGAGAUAAGUGCAUGUAAUAAAACUUCAAGCAAAUUAGCAUUUUAAUAUUUGUUGCAAAAUAUGGUUCACAAAAGGCAAGAAAUUGAAAGGCUGGUAAUUCUAGUCUUAACGGAUGCCACAGUGUGCCUUCUGGAUUUCUUUUGUGCCCCAUUCCUCCAGUAGCAGAAGUGACCUAUAAGUAUUUUUAAUAUCCAGUCUGUUGCUUUCCAUCAUCACACUAUUUAUGUAUUAGAAGGAAAUUCUGCUGAGAGCAAAUGAACUACUUGUUAAAUUCUCCUUCAUGAUUGUAGGAUAAAUAAGCUUAAACCAUAUUUGUAGAUAGCACUUAUUUUAUACUGUACACCAUGGUGGUUCAGUAACUGUAAUGCUGCUGGGCUGAGGGAGGGCUUUGAAUAUGAUCUUGCAUAUGUUGACAGAUUUGUUGAGAAUAAAAUUUGAAUAAAUAAUGGAUAAAUGGAUAAACAUAAGUUAUCUUGUCCAUGUUUAAUUUCUCAGUUCUAUUUUUUUAAUUUGUUAAAGGAGCAGGGGUUGUAUACAUUUAUAAAUAUAGAACAUUUUUAUUAAUUAGAAGCACUAUCCGGGUUAUAAGCACUCAUAUCUGCAUUGUGGAACCACUAGAUCCAAAGAUUUUUCAUCUUUGCUUCUGUUUGGAUAGCACUGCCCCAAACACUUUCAGAGGGCAAUCUAGGGAUCCUUCUAGACCAGGGGUCUGCAAACUUGGGUCUUUUAAGACUUGUGGACUUCAACUCCCAGAGUUCCUCAGCCAGCAAAGCGGAAUUCUGGGAGUUGAAGUCCACAAGUCUUAAAAGACCCAAGUUUGCAGACCCCUGUUCUAGACUUACCAGUUCCUCAUCAAAGAAUAGGUGGUCAUGAUUGUGCUGAUUGUGCCCAUUCCUGGAUCAGAAGGACUUUCUUAGGGUUACUCAUGCUUUAAGUCAUCUCAUGAUUGAUGACUAAUGCACUCUACAUAGAGCUGUCCUUGGUGACCACUCAAAAGCUUCAUCUGGUCUAAAAUGCAGUAGCAUAGGUGGUUAUGGGAAUACUUCCUAUGCUCAUAUAACACUGGGCAUAAGAUGCACAUAUCACUUGCAAGACUGGUAGGCAGGGGUGAAAUCCAGCAGGUUCUGACAGGUUCUGGAGAACCGGUAGCGGAAAUUUUGAGUAGUUCGGAGAACUAGCAAAUACCGCCUCUGGCUGGCCGCAGAGUGGGGUGGGAAUGGAGGUUUUGCAAUAUCCUUCCCCCAGGAGUGGGGAGGGAAUGGGGAUUUUGCAGUAUCCUUCCCCUGCCACACCCACCAAGCCACACCAUGCCCACCAAGCCACGCCCACAGAACAGGUAGUGAAAAAAUUUGGAUUUCACCACUGCUGGUUGGGUUAGCAUGUUCUGGGGUCCCCUAAUCCCCCCUUCCUCUCAAUAUCGCCAUAUCUGGCUCUGCCCCUCCCUUUCCUCAAAUACCAAGUCCGAUAAUGGUGUGACCGUUGGACGAUAUUUUCUCCAGCCUUUUAUAUGUUUCUGUUGCGGUUUUAUAUUUUGAAUGGCUUUUUAACGUGAUUUUUGUGGAGUCUAUUGUUAUUGAAAAAUAUAUGCUGCCCUGAGUCAUGUGCUGAGGGGGGAAAGGGGAAAGGAAAGGAAAAACCAGUGCUUCAUUUUAUAAGUCAAUUAUUUAUUUCAAGAUUUUGUGAACGUCUACGCUUCUCUCUAUUUCCAUCUAUUGGUAUAACAAUAUUAUUAAAAUUAUACUGUAUUUUGUAGCACUUUAAUUUCUAAGCCUUUGUUUGUGUUCAUCUUAAACAUUGCUGCACUGUUUUUGUCUUAAUGUUCUCACUCAGGAAAAAGAAAUUCAGAUUUUAAUACAUGUAGAAAACCAUAUAGAGUUAUUUUGUGCCUUUCAAUGUUUUUGUCCCAAAUAUUGCAUCUUAGCUUCUACCCCAAACUUAAUAGUUGGAAAGUUGACAAAGAAUUCUUGUUUCUUUUCUUUGUGAUUUGUGUUACAUUUUUUAUUAAACUUUUUUCCAGUUUGGGCCUUAAUAACCUAUUAAUUAGAAUAGAUAUUAAUUUUUCAUUGAUUGAAAAAGUAAUACAGGAAAGGUGCAGACAAUUUGCAAUCAUCCUUUUUCAUCCUCCCAAAAUCACUAAUAAAAUUUCAGUUGUUUUUUAAGUAGAUAAAUAUGGAGUACUCAUAUUUAUUGGUUGGGCGGGGAAAUCCUGCAUCACUUUCCUACCCACCGCACUUGUCACCUUGUAAUUUUUUUUAUUGCUCCUUAAUUUAGAUAAUUGCAAAAGCUGAAAGAUUUUGGAUUAAGAGAGGAACUUUUCUUUACAGUACUUCAAUCUCAGUGUAACCCUAACCCCAAAUUAUCCUAAACUCUUAGCAUGUCUCUUAGGCUUACAAAAGACACUAUCAUAAUAUUCCGAAGCACCAAUAAUUGGAUGAUAAUGGGUUGUCACAUGAGAUUUCCACUUGUUGAUUCUGCCAAAUUCAGCAUAUAUUAUUAAUGUUGAUUAAAUCUACAGUCUUGUACUAAAUUCUGUCCAUCAGGGCUUGUCCAACCGAUGGCCUGUGGGCCACAUGAGGUCCUUGAUAGCUAGUAAUGUAUCCCCACAAGAUCAUUUUCUUUAAAAAAUGAAGUUUGUUAUGUAUAUACAGUAACUAUAUUAUAUAUUUUAUAUGCAGCCCAAUGCAAUUCUUCACUUAAUGCAGAGCAGGCAGGCCAAAAGGUUAGACGCCCAUGCUGAGAACAACGCUCAACAAUUUUGAAUAACUUUUCCCAAACAAGUCUGAAUGUGAUUAACCCUGAAUUUAUGUGAGCUAGAAAGAAUAUGAAUGCUUCUAUUGAGACAGAAAGGGCAUAGAAACUUUAGAAUUUCCCACCACCACCCCGCAAUUCUUUAUUGACUUUGAAAACUUGGAUCUCUGAAGCUCUUUGAUUACUUGAUUGCCCUAUGCAAAAAUCUUAACACAAAAUCAUACGUUCUGUUAAAAAAUGAAAUAUAAAUAGAUAUUUCAUCUGAAAACAGAGCUUAAAUGAUUUAACACCAAGUGCAAAGUGCAGAACUAAGUGACAACAUGCAGGAUGCAGGGAUGAGAUCCAGCAGGUUCUGACAGGUCCUGGAGAACCGGUAGCGGAAAUUUUGAGUAGUUCGGAGAACUGGCAAAUACCGCCUCUGGCUGGCCGCAGAGUGGGGUGGGAAUGGAGGUUUUGCAAUAUCCUUCCCCCAGGAGUGGGGAGGGAAUGGGGAUUUUGCAGUAUCCUUCCCCUGGAGUGGGGACGGAAUGGAGAUUUUGCAAUAUCCUUCCCCUGCCACGCCCACCAAGCCACACCACGCCCACCAAGCCACGCCCACAGAACUGGUAGUAAAAAAAAAAUUGGAUUUCACCACUGGCAGAAUGCCUAUGUCCCAUAUAUUAUUUUGUUAAAAGCCACUGUGAGUAAUUCUUAAUUAUUUCUCUUCUUCCCUCUUCCAACUUCCUUUCCCACCAAAAACAAAUCAUUAUGAGAUAAUGUUUAUGUUGCUACAGAUUGUUGCUAUAAAUAUGUGGCAGGAUUUACUAUGCAUUCCUUUACGUUGAUUUUUUUUUAAAAAAACUGUUAAUGGAACAAUGUGGUCAUUAAUACAAUAAUUUUAAAAUCUCCAUCCAUUAACAAUAUUUACAUAAUCUGUUUUGUAAAACAUCUUUUCCAGGAAAUGCAUCAUUUUUCAUGUACAUUGAAAAUAUGUUAAGCCUUUUAAAUUUAAAUCAUCUACAAUUCCUGUUUGUUGCCUUAUGUCUGCUUUGGCUUAGAUGUUUGUGGGUUUGUUUUUAUUUGGGUUUUUAAUGCAUCGAAUUAUGCAAGCAACUAUGCUAUCAGAAAAAUCAUUUGUUUAUGUUCAACCAGAAAUGUUGAAAUUCUGUCUAAAUAUUUGUUUUUCAGUUCUAUUAAAAUUGCUGUAGUGUAAUGCAA